GCCAGCAUAAGAGGGGAUCACCACCGCUUUAAUUUUGUCCGAUGUUAUCGCCAAGAUUUGAAAGCAGGCGUCUAGCGUUAUAGGCGGACAGUGGCACGAAUUCGAUAUACACAUUCAAGACGAAGUCUUCCAACCCUUAAACAAAUAUUAGAGAGUUAAAGAAGGCGCAGCGAAGCAGGCCCGGUUCGGCUAUGGAUAUAAAAUGAAAGGUAUUUAAGAGUAGAGUACAAACUUGAAAUAAAAAUUUCUGAUACAUGGGGGUCAACGUCACCCCCAAAAACACGCCCAUAUUUACCGACCAUACCGGCUCUAACGAAAGAAAUUUGGUAGUAGAGCACCACUUUGAUAUGCAAGCAGGACUUUUUUCCUGACCGUGCCACUAUAGGGCUCAUAUAAAAUAAGAGAGUGAAAGAAGGCGCAGCGGAGCGGGCCCUCUCCAGCUAGUUUAAAAAAAAUGUUUUAAAAAAUUAAGUGCUCUGAGUUUACUUCGGAGUGGGAGUCGAGCAAUCUUCCUGGAGUCGAAGUCGAGCAAUUUUGAGUAGAAAGCCCUAGCUUAAACUUGAAUCGGACAGCAUACAGUGAUAUAUGAGAAGAUUGCCCUUGUUCCUUAAUGGAAUAUUCAUGGGAAGCAUGAAUAUUCCUUUGUGCCUCUAUGAAGCUGAAGAAUGCCUAAAUAACGCAGAACACACAUUCAUUCACUGUACACGCUGGAAGGAACAACGGGUAUCCCAUAAAAACCAGACAGGGUCAAUGAAGACAGAGAAUGUUAUAGACUUUAUGAUGGGUAGUUGGAAUGCAAUACCAAAGUACAGCAAAAAGAAGAAAGAAAACCCAACUCGAUAGUGCAUAACACACAAGUUGUGACUUAUAGGCAUGCAGCAAUGCAAGUUCCCAUCUCUGGUCCUGUAUGGACCUCAAGUUAACCUGUAACAUAAAGCAAGCCAAAAAUUUCGCUAUGUAUAUGCCAAUGCAUUUCUUAUGGCAAGGAAAAUCUCGUUUGAGAUGCAUAACGCCCUUUACCCAAAAAAUGUACAUAAAGAAGAACACUAUUACACGCUAUACAAUGUCACUUGUCAAAUAAUCUGCGUCCUUAACUUGGCAGCUAAGAGUACGACUGAGCUGAAAAAUUGGUUUCUCUGCCUGAAUGCCAGAAAUAUUGAUGACAACGAUAAGGUCUAAAUGUUGUAAAAUGCGGAACAUUUACAAUUGAUGCUAACCUGAUUAAUGCAUGUCAAUGAUCAGACGCCAUAUCAUCAAGGCAAUGAACUGAGUGUCUCAUGCUAAAAUGGACCAAUAAUUGUGAGGCCUAUAUAAAUUAAUAAAAAUUCAAUCCAAGGUUGUAAAUGUAAGUCAAUUGAAUCAAGUUUCAAAUGACUUUCACACAAAAAAUUCUUCCCAAUAAAUUACCAGCAUCAAUGACCCAAUAAUCGAACCGUCGCUUAGCCCAGUAUGGUGCAUAACAGCACACGUUGGAGUUUAAUUAGUAAUCUAGCGACAACAUUGAGUAGAAACGCCUGCGGAGGUGGUAAAAAUUAUGGAACUUCGUUUCAUUGUGGUUAGCUUGAUCCUAGUGGCAGUUUUGGAAAAUGGAGUAAGCGGCCAAGCUGGUGCUAAUGCUAAUGACCAAGGAAAUGCUGCAGGUCAACAAAAUGGCAAUGCUGCAAGGUCGAGAGGAGUUCAAGCAACUGCAGGUGGAGCUCAACAAAAUGGUAAUUUAGGCGCAGCUGCGGAUGGAAAUCGGCAAAAUGGCAAUGGUGGAGCUGCAACUGGAGCUCAACAAAAUGGAAAUUUAGGAGCGGCAGCGGGUAGCAAUCAACAAAAUGCCAAUGGUGCGGGAGCAGGUGGUGGUAAUCAACAAAAUGGCAAUGGUGCGAGAGCAGGUGGUGGUAAUCAACAAAAUGGCAAUGCGGGAGCAGUAAAUGGAGCUCAACAAAAUGGCAAUGUGGGAGCAGGUGGAGCUCAACAAAAUGGCAAUGCGGGAGCAGUAAAUGGAGCUCAACAAAAUGGCAAUGGUGCGGGAGCAGGUGGUAAUCAACAAAAUGGCAAUGCUGCGGCAGCAGGUGGUAAUCAACAAAAUGGCAAUGCAGGAGCAGCAGGUGGUAACCAACAAAAUGGCAAUGCGGGAGCAGGUGGAGCUGAACAAAAUGGCAAUGCGGGAGCAGUAAAUGGAGCUCAACAAAAUGGCAAUGGUGCGGGAGCAGGUGGUAAUCAACAAAAUGGCAAUGCGGGAGCAGCAGGUGGUAACCAACAAAAUGGCAAUGCGGGAGCAGCAGGUGGUAACCAACAAAAUGGCAAUGCGGGAGCAGGUGGUAAUCAACAAAAUGGCAAUGCUGCGGCAGCAGGUGGUAAUCAACAAAAUGGCAAUGCGGGAGCAGCAGGUGGUAACCAACAAAAUGGCAAUGCGGGAGCAGGUGGAGCUCAACAAAAUGGCAAUGCAGCAGGUGGUAAUCAACAAAAUGGCAAUGCGGGAGCAGGUGGAGCUCAACAAAAUGGCAAUGCUGCGGCAGCAGGUCAAGUCCAAAAUGGCGCCAACGCAGCAGGUGCUCAAACAACCAAUUGUGGUCGAAUGACCAAUGCCGCUAUGCCAGGUGCUGGUCAACCUCCCAAGGGUAAUGGCAACAGCGCACCCGGUGCCCAAACCCCCAAUCCCAAUCCAACAUGUGCUGAUAAUCCCGAUCUUGUUGUACAAAUAGCCAAUGGCCCCGUUAGAGGCAAAGAAUGGGGUAUGUACUAUAGUUGGGAAUCCAUACCAUAUGCUGAACCUCCAGUGGGUGAUUUGAGAUUUGAAGCUCCCCGUCCAUAUGCACAACAAUGGACGCAGGAAUUCAAUGGCACUGUUUAUCCUCAAUACUGUAUGCAAUGGUUUCGCGAUCAUGGUGUUAACAAGCGCAGAGGUGUGGAAGAUUGCCUAACGGUCAGCGUAUAUAGUCCCAAACCUCGAGGUGUGAAAUAUCCUGUGGUGGCCUAUUUGCAUGGUGGACAUUUUAUGCUUGGCGGUGGUCCCGAAUUCGAUGCAGAACCCUCAAUGAUGGGUGGCCGCAUGGUUAUGGUGAAAAUUAAUUUCCGUGUGGGACCCUUAGGCUUUAUAAGCACUGGAGACAGUGAGUUGCCGGGAAAUUAUGGCUUAAAGGAUCAAGAAUUGGCCUUGCAAUGGAUACAACAAAAUAUUGCUGCCUUUGGUGGAGAUCCAGAGAAAAUUUUACUCUUCGGUCAUGGUUCUGGAGCGGCCAGUGCUCAUUUGCAUAUGCUAAGACCUUCUUUGGCGAAUAUAGCCAAAGCUGUGGUCUCCAUGAGUGGAGUGGCCUUAAAUCCUUGGGCCAUAACAGUUAACGCCUCGGCAAAUGCUCAACGCUUGGCCGCAGCGGUCAAUUGUACCAACACUCAAAGCAGCAAGGACAUAAAGGUCUGCUUGAAAUCCCGCAUGGCUGAGGAUGUGGUGGGAGCAGUUCAAUCUCUACUCAAUUGGGGCUAUAAUCCUUUCACCACCUUUGGACCGGUAAUAGAGCCCCGAAAUAGUCCCAAUGGCUUCUUAACAGAUCAGCCGGAAAGCAUUAUACGUUCAGGACGCUUCAGCCAAAUUCCCUGGCUUGCCUCGUACACCUCCAAUGAUGGAGCUUUCAAUGCUGCCGAACUUUUGAGAAUCAGUUCACGCACUGGCUCCGAGUUUCUAAAUGAAAUGAAUGAAAAUUGGCUUGAUAUGGCACCUCAGAAUUUAUUUUUGCGCAAUCUAUACGAUGAUCCCCGGGAAUAUGCCCAAAGUCUAAAGGAUGUCUAUAUAGGAAGUGAAAAUUUCACUGUACAAAACUAUGCAAAAAUACAAAAAAUGUACACCGAUGUUCUUAUGAGAAUAGGCAUUCUAAAGGCCAUGCAAUUGCACAGUCGUCACUCUACAUCGCCUGUCUAUGGCUACAUUUAUGAUAUUCCUGCAAACUAUGGCAUUGGCUAUGACCUCUCUCUGAGAAGGGAAAUCCCAUUUGGAGCCAGUCACAUGGAUGAUUUGAGUUUGAUUUUGAGACCCAUCUCUCGCAGCACUCCGAGACCAGAUGAAGUGGUUGCAUCACAGAGGCUGACAAAAAUGUUGGCUGAUUUUGCAGAUACAGGCACCCUGACCUAUGGAGAUUGUAAUUUGGAAACCAAUACGGCAGCCGAUGCAAAUAGUUUGAAAUUCCUUUGGAUAACCAAGGAUAAGUGUGAAACUGUACUUCAGGACUACGACUGAGAGUUGUCGUUGAGAGUACAUGCAGAGACUGAGAGGCUAGGCUGGAAAUUCCAAGAGAAUCACAAUAAACUAAGCUGUAGUUGUAAGUAGGGUGAACAUGUGGUUGUAUUUUUGGAUUAUUCGAUUAAUUGUUUGUUUGAAAAUCCAGGUUCAACUAUUAAUCGAACAAGACCGAAAGAGAUUGUCGAUUAAUCGAUUAUUAUAUAUUUUGGAAUAGUUUUUGAGAUCUUAUACUUCAAAUAUUUCUC